GUGAGUACUAUAUAGUGGAUCAGCAGCUCACACUCUUUAGCGUAAACUGAUGCUAAGAUUGGUAUACAACUUGCCUCUACCUAGACAACAUGUCUUACGCAUUCCCUAUGUUGUAUGUGGCCUUGUUUGUCAAUGGCUACCUUCGCCGUUUCUAUUUCCCCUGGUGGUCAAAGUAUCACUGGGUCUUGGCUACUUCUCUUGCUGCUUCGAUCGCAGUUUUUGGAGUGAUCUGGUUUUUUGCGAUCCUUUACAAAAACUCUCAGCCGGAAUGGUGGGGUAAUUCUGUUGUCAACGCAGGUUGUGAUGGUCAAGGGUGUGCCCGCUUGACUGUCCCUACAGAGGGAUUCGGCCCUGCUCCCGGGCAGUUCCAAGCUUGA